GAUCCGCUCCGGGUGUUGCUGAUCCGCUCCGGGUGUUGUGGACCGGGACACACGCGGCCUGGUGAUGGCGGCCCAGCAGCGGGAGCGGGAGGUGUCGAGGUCCACGGAGCUGCUGGGGGCGGGGGGACAGGCGGGGAUUGAACAGAAGCUGCUGAUCAGUGGGCAACAUCCCAGGAGCCCAGGCCCUCCCAACAUCGUCCGGCUGCCCAGAAGUCAGGUACUAGACCGAUUACAGAGCUUCCUGCCCCAGAUGGCGUCCGCAAACAUGGAGCUCAGGAAACAAAUGGAGACCGCUGAUCCCAGCAAAUUCGACAUUGAGAACGUGGAACAUUGUCCUGACAAGAUUAUUGAAAUGAACGUGUCUCUGUUUGAAAUGGAUGGUGAAAGUGGAGCAGAGGAUCUAACGUCCGACGAUUCCCAGUCUGACACCGAGUCUUAUGGAGAGGUGACGGCAGAAAAUCUCAAACUACCUGCACCCCAGCCGCAGCGGAAAGGUCGGAUACAGGUGGUGUCUGUGGACAGCAGCAGUGACACUGACUGACAGCCGGCGUCACGCACACAACUAUGUGGAAGGGCUGGCAACGCCGUCUGGGGAGUUGUGUCCAUGUAGAUGGAACUAUCCAACCUCUGUUUGACUUUAGUUCAAUGACACGUGUACUGAGGUACAGUGAAAAGCUUCUGUUACGUGCUAACCAGCCAGCCUAAAGACAAUACAUGAUUACAGUCAAGCCA